GCCGAUCAUGGUUUCAGCGUACUUGCGUCCAUCCGGUUAUCGGUGUCCUAUGCGAAUGCUGGAGAGCUAUGGCGGCGUGCCGGGGAUCCUCGUCGAAAUGGUUUUUCACCCGGGAGCAGCUCGAAGCCACGCCGUCCCGCCGUACGGGAGUGGAGCCGGAUAGAGAGCUUUCUUACCGACAGCAGGCGGCAAACCUCAUUCAAGAUAUGGGCCAGCGACUCAACGUCUCACAACUUACUAUAAAUACAGCAAUUGUUUACAUGCAUAGAUUUUAUAUGUACCACUCUUUCACCAAAUUCCACAGAAAUAUCAUUUCUCCAACCGCAUUAUUCCUAGCUGCAAAAGUUGAAGAGCAACCUCGGAAACUGGAGCAUGUCAUUAAGGUUUCACAUGCUUGUCUAAACCCUCAAGAAGCCCCGCUUGAUACGAAGAGUAAUGCAUACCUCCAGCAAGCUCAAGAGCUGGUGAUACUUGAAACCAUAGUGCUGCAGACUUUAGGAUUUGAAAUAACUAUUGAACAUCCACACACUGAUGUUGUGAAAUGUUCCCAGCUAGUGAGAGCAAGCAAGGAUCUGGCACAGACUUCCUAUUUCAUGGCUACCAACAGCCUCCACCUCACCACGUUCUGCUUGCAGCACAAGCCCACAGUCAUCGCCUGCGUCUGYAUCCACCUGGCCUGUAAAUGGUCCAACUGGGAGAUCCCUGUCUCCACUGAUGGGAAACACUGGUGGGAGUACGUGGACAACUCUGUCACGCUGGAGCUUCUUGAUGAACUGACACACGACUUCCUUCAGAUUCUGGAGAAGACGCCGAGCAGGUUGAAGAGGAUACGGAACUGGAGGGCCACACAAGCUGCCAAGAAGCCCAAGGGAGAUGGCUCUCAGGCGAACGACCCCUACCCAGGACCCUCCCUGGUCCACGAACAUUCCCUGGGAGACGGAAUCCCUGGGGUCUCCAACUCAGCCUUCUCCAAAGCCGCCGCCUCGUUCCCUGUCCCACUGCCGGGUCAUGCCAGUGGACCCCUCUCUCUGGACUCCAUCGCCUCCAUGCAGGGCAGCUCCUACACCUUCACCGCCCCCAGCGACUGGCCCCAGGACACAGGGGGUCGCUCGGAGGGAGGAGGCUAUUCCCUCAAAACAGAUACACUAGGCCUCCAGCAGGGGGCUUCACUGUCUCUGCAGCACGGCUCUCUGAACCCACACAGACCAGAUAAGACCAUGGAGUUCAACCCUAUUAAACAUGAACACAAGGCUGUAGUGGGGGGGGGGAAGCAACAGCAGCCCCCGCCUGCCCAGAAAAUGUCCCUGGACAAGUACAGAGAGAAGCAUGCUGCCGAGCUGGCGGUGCAGCAGAAACGCAAACAGACAGAGCAGCAGGCUAUGGAGCCUGAGGGCAGGGAUGCCUAUAUACCCUCUGUCCAGUCAGACCACAGGAAACACAUGCAGCCCCACCCUAACCCAGGGAGCAGCAGCGGCACCACUGCAUCUCCUCUUAAAAUGAAGCUGGCCAUUCCAGGCCAGGACAGGCUCCCCUCUGACAAACAGGACAAGGGGGGCUCACUCAAACUCCGCCUCCCAGUUCCUUCUCAGGGGGGCAUUGCUAGCAAAGAGGAGCUGAAGAUGAAAAUCAAGGUGUCCUCUGAGCGCCACAGCUCUUCUGAUGAGGGUGGGCCCAAGAGCAAACAUUCCAGCCCGCUGGUGAGCAAGGAGAAGCAUCGGGACCACUCUGCCCACCGCCACCACAAGCAGCACGGACACUCUCAGCUCCACACAGCACAGCACAGCGGCAAUGGCCGGGGGGGCCUCGAGGGGCCAGCAGGUGUCGGGCCGGCCCUCCUCCGGAGCCCCCUGGGGCUAGGGAGCGUUGAGGGGUUGGCGGGCCCGGCCCUUGCUUCUGUUUCCAGUUCCUCCCGCAAGAGGGCACACCCCAACGUUGCCGGCCACAACCACCACUCCAAAACGAGCAAAAGCUCCAAGGGCGGCGCAGGUAGUUCCUCUCAUUGUUCCUCUGUUCAGCUGCAGUCACAGUGUGUGUCGUCUCACAGCUCUGGUUUUAACCUUCUUCCCCCUCCUCCCCCUGUCACAUACCAGGUGGGCUACGGACAUCUCAGCACCCUAGUGAAACUGGACAAGAAGCCAGUGGAGAGCCGCGGCCCUGAGGUCGCCGGCUGGGGUACUGCCAGCACCAAACAGACACUUUUGACAUGCUCCCAUUUCCUGUUAAGUGCCCAAGGAAUAAACUCAUGAACCCUUUAUAGCAAGGCAAUGGAAGGUAAAGCAAAAAAUAUAAAGCAAAGUGUAGGACAAAAAUAUAAUUAUUAUGCUUCCCGAUCAUCUGAUCUCUUGGCAGUGCUGGUAUAGUCCUGCCUGUUUCUGUAUGUGUAACUGCUGCUUAGUCCUCUCCAUAUUCUCUGGUUGGGUCUUGAAAUGUAGACGUGAGAGUUAGGGGGUCAUCCUAGUUUAAAUGUUGAAAACAGGUAUUAUAAAUACUGAAAAGGCAUGAAAGAUGCAAUUUAUUUUCUUUUAAAUAAUAAUUAAAACAGCAUUUCCACAACUAAUCCAUUCUGGUGAGAAAACAAGGCAGCGGUCCUCUUAUGGCUGGAGGGGGGCUUCUCAGUCGGUAGUAGAGAAGGAAGGCCAGGCACGCCAAACAUGGCAGCCAUUGGAAGCUGGAUUUUUUUUUUUGAAUGUUUCUUUUUUAAUACUCAAUACUGUAUCGAUGAUCCGCAUGUUUCUAUCAUCAAAGGGAUAAAGCAGAAUGCAGACUGCUGUUUACAGAAAGUGGAGAUAAAUGUACAUACAUUUUUGUAUGUUUAAAAAGCUAUACCAUAAAUACUCAGGUUUGGAACUGCUUGUAAGUAUAACAAGAUAUAUAUAUAUAUUAUAUAUGAUGGCGAAAAAGACUAUUGUAACUUGAUGUAGGAGUCCUAUUAUUGGUGAUUCUGACUGCAGCGUUCCACUGUUGUGCUUAGAGCCUGUACUACGCAUGGCUGCCGGUAGAGUGCACUCGACCUUUGACCUUUCCAUCCCUUUGUAGGGUCUGGAUUUCCUCCAGUGCAGACCCUACAAACAGUACCAACCACCUGGCAUGUUGUCAGAGGCCAUGCAAUUUGUACAACUAUUUUUUGGGGGGACCUCCAAGAUGACCUAAAGCUGGAUGCCAAAGGCUGUGCCUCGCAACAACAAAAAAAUAACUAAAGACACGAGGACAGUAAUACUAGUGCUAUAGUUUACAUGCCUAACCUUUGCUGUGAAGUGCAUUUACAUAAAAUGGUUACUUGGCUUGACCCUGUAGCCGAUAGAUGCAAAGCUGUAAAUCAGUAAUGGUAAAUAAUGUAGGAUUGUUGAUGUACAGUGACGUGGCAGAAAAGUAGCCUGGUUAUUGGGGUUAACGUUCCGUCAGUGUUGCUGAUACAGUACGGUGGCUCGUGUGCCAUCUGCUCUCAACAGCUCAGUUUCCUACUGUAUAUGGCAGAUAUCGUUCUCAAUUGUGGACACAAACUAAGAAYGGUUCUUUGACUGGUUAGUCCUUCUUAUUUCAGUGUGCAGACAGUUGGUAUUGAGGCCAAUAUGCUAUGUUCCACCAUUGGUUUUGAUAACAAGAAGGAAAGUGCAAAUCUUGACAACCAGUUUUAUUAUUUUAUUUAAGUUCUACAAAUAAAUGCUAAGGUUAACACUACCUUAACUUGACCUA